CUUUACAUGUUCUGUCCAGCAAUGUGGCUUUUCUGGUUCCAGAGUUCUUGGACACAGCCCAGGCCAAAGAGAAGGUCUUUGUUCCCAUGGUCAACAACACACUCUAUGUGCCCGUAGAGGAGUCUGAGGUCCCACAGCAGGGUGGUGACAUUCCCAAGUUCUCAGCAAACACUAUCCAGCCCAAGGAGGACAACAUCUCCAAGUCCCCAGAAGAAACGAUCCAUCCCAAGCCAGGCAAUAUCCCCAAAUCCCCAAAAGAAGCCAUCCAUCCCAAGCUGGGCAGUACUCCCAAGUCCCCAAAAGAAGCCAUCCAUCCCAAGCUGGGCAGUAUCCCUGAGUCUCCAAAAGACAUCAUCCAUCCCAAGCUGGCCAAUAUCUCCAAGUCCCCAGAAGACACCACUGGUCCCAAGCUGGGCAGUAUCCCCAAGUCUCCAGAAGACACCACCCGUCCCAAGCUGGGCAGUAUCCCCAAGUCUCCAGAAGGCACCACCCGUCCCAAGCUGGGCACUAUCCCCAAGUCUCCAGAAAAUACCACCCGUCCCAAGCUGGACAUUAUCCCCAAGUCUCCAGAAGACACCACCCGUCCCAAGCUGGGCACUAUCCCCAAGUCUCCAGAAGACACCACCCGUCCCAAGCUGGGCAGUAUCCCCAAGUCUCCAGAAGACACGACCCGUCCCAAGCUGGGCAGUAUCCCCAAGUCUCCAGAAGACACCACCCGUCCCAAGCUGGACAUUAUCCCCAAGUCUCCAGAAGACACCACCCGUCCCAAGCUGGGCACUAUCCCCAAGUCUCCAGAAGGCACCACCCGUCCCAAGCUGGGCACUAUCCCUAAGUCUCCAGAAGACACCACCCGUCCCAAGCUGGGCAUUAUCCCCAAGUCUCCAGAAAAUACCACCCGUCCCAAGCUGGGCAUUAUCCCCAAGUCUCCAGAAGACACCACCCGUCCCAAGCUGGACAUUAUCCCCAAGUCUCCAGAAGACACCACCCGUCCCAAGCUGGGCACUAUCCCCAAGUCUCCAGAAGACACCACCCGUCCCAAGCUGGGCAUUAUCCCCAAGUCUCCAGAAAAUACCACCCGUCCCAAGCUGGGCAUUAUCCCCAAGUCUCCAGAAGACACCACCCGUCCCAAGCUGGGCAUUAUCCCCAAGUCUCCAGAAAAUACCACCCCCAACCAGCUCGAGGAAGGCGACUUCCUGAAACCUGAAGAAGAAACAAUGGAGUUCCUGGAGGUGGACAUGGUGAGAAUGAUCCUGAGCAAGCAGGACUUUGAGGCAGCGCUCAAGGAGGCUGGAGAGAGGUUGGUGGCUGUGGACUUCUCAGCCACAUGGUGUGGGCCCUGCAGGAACAUCCGGCCAGUCUUCCAUUCCCUGUCUGUGAAGCAUGAGGACGUGGUGUUCCUGGAAGUGGACGCUGACGACUGUGAGGAGGUGGUCAGAGACUGUGCAGUCAUGUGCCUCCCAACCUUUCAGUUUUAUAAAAAAGAAGAAAAGGUGGGUGAGUUCUCUGGUGCCUUUAAGGAAAAACUUGAAGCAAUCAUUGCAGAAUUAAAGUAAUCAUAUAUUCUGAAAACGUUG